AAAGUCUUUUCAAUUACCGCGCACUCCAGAGAACAGAACGGUUCAGCAUUCCACGGGCACCAACCCACUCAUCUUUUCCCUAAAACCACGUAACUUAACGUAACAGCAGUUACAGCAAGAAGAAUUCAUACAUCACGAUGGUUGCCUUAGCAGGUCUCUUGACGACAGAAGUUCUGGAUCAACUACGUGCAAAAUUCUAUGAAGAUAAUCGCAACACUUUGGCACAAAAUGUGUGUACAAGAACCAAUCCCUUGGAAGCUUGCAUUUCGCGAAAGGUUUUGCAAGAAACGCAGCAUGUGUUUAGUCACAAGAUUGCAAUGGAAGGAAAACCUAUAACUAAUCAAAAAAAUUCUGGCAGAUGUUGGAUAUUUUCCACUUUAAAUGUUAUGAGGAGUGCCUUUAUGAAGCAAUAUAAUUUGGAUGAGUUUGAAUUCAGCCAAGCUUAUUUGUUCUUCUGGGAUAAGAUCGAAAGGUGCAAUUAUUUCUUACAUAAUAUUGUAAAAACUGCUAAACGAAAUGAACCUGUAGAAGGUCGGUUAGUGUCAUUCUUAUUACAUGAUCCUAUUUGUGAUGGCGGACAAUGGGAUAUGGUCGUUAAUCUUAUAAAUAGACAUGGUCUUGUUCCUAAAAUCUGUUUCCCAGAAUCAUACAAUUGCGAAUCUAGUUCGCGCAUGAAUACACUUUUGAAAAGUAAACUUAGAGAAUAUUCCAAAGUUUUAAGAGAUUUAAUAUCCAAUGGAGCAACAGAUGAACAAUUAGAAGCUCAGAUUCUAGAACAAAUGGUUGUAAUCUAUCGAAUAAUUGGUAUUUGUUUAGGCAUACCUUCAAAAACAAUCACCUGGGAAUAUUAUGACAAGUCAAAGAAUUAUAAUUGUAUUGGACCUAUUACACCAGUAGAAUUUUAUGAGAAAUAUGUGAAACCCUACUACAAUGUAGAUGAUAAAGUAUGUUUAGUAACAGAUCCUAGGCCAUCUAAUCCAUAUGGAAAGCUUUAUACCAUAGACUGUUUAGGAAAUGUUUUGGGAGGAAGACCUACACUCUAUAAUAAUCAACCACCUGAAUUAUUAAUGAAAUUAUGUGCAGAAAGUAUAAAACAAAAUGAACCUGUAUGGUUUGGAUGCGAUGUGAACAAACGAUUAAUAGCUAAACAAGGAAUACAGGAUUUGAGAGCGUAUGACUUUGAAUUAAUGUUUGGAACUGAUAUCCAAGUUAAUCUUACAAAAGCUGACAGAUUACUUUAUGGAGAUUCUAUGAUGGUUCAUGCAAUGACACUUACAGCUGUUUCAAUCGAUAAUGAAGGUAAAAUUAAACAGUUCCGAGUAGAGAAUUCUUGGGGAGACGAUCAAGGACAAAAAGGAUAUCUAUUACUAACAGCCGACUGGUUUUCCGAAUUUGUUUUUGAAGCAGUUAUUGAUAAAAAAUUGGUACCUGCAGAUGUUUUAGAUGUAUUUAAACAAGAACCCAUUACCUUACCUGCAUGGGAUCCUAUGGGUACACUUGCUCACUGAUAAUAAUGUAAGCUAAAAACUAUUUCAAGAUAAAAUAUUUUAGUUAAAAAAAGUGUAUAUAUAACAUAAAAAAUUAAACAUCAAAUACAAUUUUGAGCGCAUUGGUACAGCAAAGUACAAUAAAUUAAGACUUUAACACUUUUAUAGUUCAUUAACAACAAUUAAGGAAUAACUCUAGAAAGUUGAAUUAUGAUAUUUCGAUUAUUUAACGCCUAUUCAGGUUUAAAAUAAUAUAUAUUGCUAUAAUUAAUAAAAUAUUAAGAUUGUAUAUUUAACAUAGUUCCUAAAAUUUAAGAUAAUCACAUGUGUAAUUUUGUUUCUAAUUUAUAGUUUGUGUUUACUUAAGAAUAAUUGCUUUCGUUUCUUUCUUUUUUUUUUAAUUAUAUUUUAAAUGUCACUUAAGUAUAUAAGUUAUAUGUAAUUUAACUAUACGAAGAAACCAAAAGAAGUUAGAAAUUAAAAGAUGUACUAUUAUAUGUGUUCUACAUAUGCAUACUUCAUAAAGUAUUGCUUCAUUAAGUUUAUUUAAAAAGCUUCGAAAAUAUAGUAUUUGACUUCACAUUUACAUAUUAUACCUCUAUUUUAAAUGUUUUUUAAGUUGAAAAGAAACUUAAUAAUUGUAUGAAGAUUAAUAAAAAUGUUGCAAAUGUA